AUGCUCGACUUCAAGUCAAUCGUGAAGAACAGCAGGUGCUGUUACGAUAUUGGCAAUGACCGGUUCAAGCUUUCCUUGCCAAAGUUUCGCAUCAAGCUUCCAAGAGGGUCCAGGAUGCAUAAGUCUUUUGAUAAGUGCGCCCAGGCCAACUGCAGACGGAAUUCGAAGAUUUUAGGGAAUAAUGAACAUGACUUGUUCCCAAAAGCUAACAAGAUGAGAGAAGAACAGAGGAGGUAUAAGUCUAUUACGAAGGAUCAUACCCCACAGAUUGAUGAAUUCUCUGUUUCUAGUGGGUUUGAAAGCGAAGAAAAUGAUGACUAUGUUUCAAGGAAUUUUACCCUGAAUAAUACUUCAUUGCCUUAUAAAUUAAAAAUCAGUGGUGACCAUACAGAGAUUAACCCUGAGAUGGAGGAAAUUAAGGAAAAUGAAGAUAUUGGGAUGUCCAAAACAACAUCUUUUGGAUCUUCUGGAAGUCCCAGUCCAAUAACGAAUGCAAGACGGAUCCUUAAAAAGGACCGGUUAUCAAUGUCUAAGAAUUCUUCAUUGAAGAAAAUUUCUCUGAAAAGGACCGUUUCUAUCAUCAACAACCAAUUUUAAGAACUUGAAAUCACUCCGAGAGAAGAAGCCUGUAAUAAUGAUGAAGCGAGUGCAACUUGAGAGCCUUCAGAACGAGUCAGAUUUCAAGUUCAAGAAAUUCUACAAGCAAUCUGUGGAUAGUAACCCACAUCUGAAGAACUUAAGGCGAAGGAUGUCUCUAAAGAAAGCUAAUUUCCUCCGAAUGUCACCCACAAACAUCAAGCGGAGGUCAAUGAACUAUGGCAGCAUCACGAGUAUCUCCUCAAUGACUAAUCAUGAGGAAAAUGACGAGGAUAAUUUUUAUUACGAAAAAUAACUUCAAGAAAAACUUAUUCCCUGAAUGGUUAGAAAACCAAGAAGAAUUCAAAAAGUUAUUGAAAAUCAAAGGGAACUUCAGUAAGAACAACAUCUUCGAAAUUUGAAAGAAAAGGAAUGUUGAAAGAACAGAAUCUGACCAUCAGCAUGUUUAUGAUUAUCUCAAGACUAACAUUGCAUACUUCACUAAGAACUUUUAUGGAGAUGCUAUUAAGCAAGCUGCAACAAAGAUAAACUCAGUAUUUUAUAAAUAAGGGCACUAAGAUUUUUGAAGAAAAGAAGCCAGGCCACAAAAUGUACAUCGUCUAUAACGGAGAAGUAGGAUUCUACAAGGAAGGCCACCUCCUUGAAAAAUUUAGUUAUAAUGACUUCUUUGGAGAAAAAGUCAUAGAGUUCAUGCCGACCAGAGAGUUUACAGCUAUUGCUCAUAAAGACUGUGAGCUGAUGUAUUUUUGUCGUGACGAUUACAAGACUAUUCUGACAAACUUAAGUGUCUCUAUUAAUCAGAUGACCAGGGAGUUGCUGAAAUAGCUCAGUUUUUAAGGACUUAGAGACUGCACAGAGAGAAAGACUCCUACAUCUGCUUGAAUUUCAGAAGAUUGCUAAAGGAAGAAUUGUUUAUAGUCAAGGCGAUAAUGUCACAGGAGUUUAUAUUGUCCAGAAAGGGAAACUAGAGGCCUCCUCAGUCUUAGAAAUGGACAGCUUCAGACAAUACCCAGUCAGUCUAUCUGAGUGGGAGAUUGAAAGGACCACAAGUUCUGUAUUCUGAAAGAUGGGAAAGAUCGGCAAAGGAGAAGUGUUUGGCUACACAGAGCUGCUACUUAAAAGCAAACUUAGAAUGAACAAAAUUGUUGCUCUUGAAGAUACUUUCAUGCUGUAUCUUACUCCAGAGCAAUUUUUUGAGGUUCUGACUACAGAGAAUAUCCAACAAAUAGUUGAGCAAAACACUAUAAAGACCUCUCAACAAGCUAUUGAUGACAUUGUGAAUUUUCAGAAAUGGAAUUUGAUUCGGAAGAAAGCUUCUAUCACUGCUGCUUUCAAUCGAGAAGAGAAACCUCGAUCUUCUCUUGAUUUUAUUAAAAGAACACACCAAAUUCAGGAUUUCAUCAAGAAGGUGAAUGCCCCUGAAAUAGUUAGGAAAUUGAACGAGAAAAAGGAGAUGAAGAUCAUCAAAACCAAAAAAUGUUACAAAAGAGUAAACGACCCUCACUACCUCCAGCUUCACAGCCUGGAUCAAGUGUCACGUAGGACAGUGAGGUUUGCUCUUGCUGACUCCUCUUCUUCCGAUGAUGGGUUCAAGUAAUCUAGAACAACAGUUAAUUUUUCAAUUAAAUAAA